CCACCUCCCACUAUAAUUCGCAACCCAUUUAAAAUUACCCUUUUCACUAUCAGUUCAUCACUCUAUAUCACACACUCGGACACUCACACUCUCUCUCUUCUCUAUCGGAUCAUUAUUGUUAUGGAGGUGGCUGCUGUACCUGGAACAUCACCAUCUCUUCCGUUGAAAACCCGAAUCACACUCGCUGUCAUCUCCACCGUCACCGACGUCUCUCGCCGAUCCGACGGCACCAUCAACCGCAGUCUUCUCCGCUUCCUCGAUAUCAGAGCUCCACCGAAUUCGAAACCCAUCAAAGGCGUCAAGACCUCCGAUGUCACCGUCGACUCCUCCCGCAAUCUCUGGUUCCGCGUCUUCGUUCCCACCCAACCACCACCGUCCGGCGACCCCCUCCCCGUCAUAGUCUUCUUCCAUGGCGGCGGUUUCACCUACCUUAGCCCCGACGCCAAGGCCUACGACGCCGUCUGCCGCCGCUUUGCCAGCAAGAUCCCCGCCGUUGUCGUCUCCGUCAACUACCGCCUCGCCCCCGAACACCGAUACCCGUCCCAAUACGACGACGGAUUCGACGUCCUCAAAUUCCUCGACGAUAACGAAAAGAAAUCCGAGGCCGCCUUGCCGGGAAAUGCAGACAUUUCUCGGUGCUUCCUCGCCGGAGAUAGUGCCGGCGGAAAUAUUGCCCAUCACGUCGCCAAAAGAGCCUGCGAGUCCAAAUUCCGGAAAUUGAAGGUGAUUGGGUUGACGGCGAUACAACCCUUUUUCGGAGGAGAGGAGAGGACGGAAUCAGAGAGAGUGAUCGGAUCAUCGGGUUAUUUGGUGUCGCCGGAGCGGACAGACUGGCUGUGGAAGGUGUUUUUACAGGCGGGAGAGGGGGACAGAGAUCACGAGGCGAUCAACGUGAGCGGGCCGAGGGCGGCGGACAUAUCGGUGCUGACGGAGUUUCCGGCGACGGCGGUGGUGGUGGGAGGGUUCGAUGCGUUGAAGGACUGGCAGAGAAAGUACUACCACUGGCUCAAGGCCUCAGGAAAAGAGGCACAUCUGUGGGAGUACCCUAACAUGAUUCAUGCAUUCUAUAUCUUCCCUGAAUUGCCUGAAUCUGACCAACUUAUUUCUCAGGUCAGAGACUUUGUUCACAACAAGUGCUCCUCCAUGGUUGACCCUAGCUAGAUCAUAGGCACAUCUGCUUUUGUUUUUUUGUUUUUUUUUUCUGUUUUUGUUUUGUUUUUAUCUAUUAAGUAUUAUACUAGUGCUUAAAUUUUGUAUGAUUAAAUAUUCUAUUGUUCUCUUUGUUUUUUUAAAAAAAAAAUUCAAAAGUUCAAGA